GUUGUUUUUAAAGUAAAGCCUAACACCUCUUCCAAUUCUCACUGAUCCACCGUCUCAUUGCCGUCACAACCACCAUAUAACCCUCAUCACAGUUUAUUUGUCUCUCCUCUCCGGCCAACCUCAUAUCCCUCUGUACCACCGCAUUUUGUCGUCACCGCACCGACAUUGUUGAUGAGAAGGCUGAAUGAACUCUCUAUGAACGUGGAAUCGAAUGGGAAAGAAAAUCAGAAAACAAGAAGGAGAAAACUGAAUCCGCGAGUCCAAGCUUAGAUCAGGGGGCGGCUAUAUGCCGGCAGAAGAUGGAGGUGAAAGUUGGUUCAUUAGCCGGCAUUAUCAGCCGUUGUCUGCCGGAAGACUGAGCUUGCAGACGUCUUAUUUUCAAGAGGCUUUACAAGCCAAUAACGAAGGAGAGGGACUGAUGGUUUCACCAGGGAAGAGGUAUGGGGAGCUUCAUCGGGAAAAGCUGGAGUCGUCGGAUUGUUACCGACAAGGUAUAAGGGGAAGGGUGGGUCGUGGAUUAAAGAUGUUUGUGGCUGACGAAAAUGUUCUACCCUCCCCAGCUGAAUGCUUACAAAGCGACUCUCUAUCCAACGUGGGAUGCAGGAUUGCGUAGGAAUCGCAACUGGAGGAAACAAGACAAGCUUAAUAUAAGCCAGAUUUGUGAGGACAUACUGAAUCUGCUUGAAUCAUAUACAUAUUCAGAUCCAUUUACUCCAAUAAUACCUUUAGGAGUAUUUGGCACGCUCAUUGCUGGAGUCCUUUUUGUUUACAGGCAUAGACUAGAACUUCUUCAUGAGGAACUUUGCUUAUUUGGAGACAUGUUGGGACGUUUCCUCCUGUCCGAACCCAAAGCUGUCCCUGAUAACCAACUCAUGGUUGUUUCUAACUCAGGCGUGAAAUGGAAUUAUGCUAAUAUGAAUCUUGACCAGAUAGAGGAUAUCUACACCGGUCAGGGGGGGAAUAAUAUCACUCAUGAUCGUCAUCAAGCUGAUAUCAAUUAUAUCAACAUACGUGACAAUGAUAAUUCAUACCAGACUCAAGCAGGAACAUCAGAUCUAGAUGAAAGGUUUACGUUUGAGUCUCACCAUGGGGAAGAAGAAGAAGCACACGUGGAUAAUACCAAUGUACAAGAGAAUUCUCGUAUUCUACUCCUAACAAAUGAACCCCAUAACUUUGAGGAGAUCCCUGAGCAACGUCCAAGAGGACAUGUUGGUCACCAUUUUCCCAAGGCACGGUACACACAACAAAGCAAAAGACGUCGAAGGAACCGAGCAUCAAGAAGAAUUCGGAAUGCAAUCCGUGAUGACAAUCAGACUCUUAGAUCUUGGCUUGAUGAUUAUCCUAGCCAAGAUCACCUUGGUGGAGCUGCAUCUGGAUCACCAAGGGAAACCGCCGAGAUACCCCAUUUUAUUUCCAGAGAACGUCUAACCAUUGCUGGUAAAGCAGGUAAUGAAGAUACAGCUUAUGCCUCGGACUUUAAUUUUAAUGUUGGACAAAGUUCCAACACGAAGAGAAAUGGAAGCAACCCUGAACGAGUUACUAUGGAAGAGCCAACAAGGCCUGACAUGGUAGUUAAUGAAGACACAGAACGGUGUGAUCCGGUAGUGGCAGUUGAUGAUGUGUCAUGGAUUCCUGAUAUGGCGGCCAAACAUUCGUAUGAAUCAGAAAAAGAAUAUGUAUCUGAGGAGGAUGAGGAGGGUCCACUGGAUGAGUCAACUUAUGAUCUAUGCAAGGUAGAUCCGUCGAGUUUUGCAAUCUUCAGGCAACUGAAGAUGCAUUUUGAUACACCAGGAUCUGCUCAAACAGGGUCACUUGAUAAGCUUGCAUUUGGAUUGAACAAGAAAGCGGCUGCGGAAUUAUUUUAUCAGACUUGUGUUUUGGCGUCUUCUAGUCUCAUAGAGGUGCAACAGGAAGAUGCUUAUGGAGAUGUUCUAAUUUCUAGGGGUUGCAAGAUGUGAAUGGUAGAAAGAGACUUGGAAUUUUAUAACAGUAGUAUAUAUAGUUAAAAAGGUUGGCUUUAAGUUGCACUAAAUCUACAAACUCAAUUAGUAAUUGUUUAAAAGAAACAUAUAUGAAUAUGCAAGGAUAUGUGUUGGUUUAUGGUAAAAGAAACAUAUAUGAAUAUGCAAG